AUCCUCCGCAGGGACUUCGCGGCCUACUGCCCGGCGAGCGGGGAGCUGCGGGCCCUGCUGGUCACCCAGCCCCUCCGGCCCGCCCUCUCGGGCCCCGGCGUCGAGUUCGUCGUCGACUCCGAGGGUCGGUAUGAGGCCUGCCUGCGCUGGGUCUCGACGAGGACGGAAGCCUUAAUGAAACACUUGCGGAGCAACGGCGUUAGACUGUUGCUGUCCAGCGUGAAGCAAGACGACGUCGUUAUCUACUAUGCGAAAUCACACGGUGUGUCUGUGGUAGAGUGCUUAUCCUCGGAAGAAGUGGCCCUUAUCUGUGAAAUCACAGGAGUCUCGCCUUACUCGCCUUUUGGUGAUAACCUACACAGAGAAAUCACUGAAACCGCAGUGGCAACGUUUUGCCAGCCCUUGCUGCUCGGCUCAAAGAGAUGCGUUCACAUUGGCCUCACCAGCGUGUGUGCCUUUCAGCCCCAUUGCCUAAUUCUUUGUGGGCCGGUCGCUGGUGUUAAUGAGCAACAUGCUGCUGCCUUACAAGGGGCAUUUACCAUGUUGCAGCAGCUGUUUAAAAGAGUUGAUCGGAGGGAGGAAUGCAAAGCAGAAGGUGAAAGCCAGAAUGAAGCUGUAGAUGCUUGCAGCUGGCGUUCUCCGGCUGCUCAGAAGCAACUCAUAAUAGAAAAUAUUGCUUGUAACACUAAUCAGGUUUCUGAACAACAACUGGAAACGCAGGGGGAUGAAACAGAGACACACACUGUAGACCCUGACUUGCAGGGAAGUGAAAAUCCAGCAUGUGGGCAAACAAACUUGCAAAUACCCUCAAAUCCCAUCUCGCACAUCAAAGAAUUCAGUCUUGCCACUGAAGGAGAUGGCUCUGCACGAGACGCGCAGAAGCCGCAUGCAAAAUGCGGGCGUCAGGGUGACGUGCACGAGAACUAUGAAAGCGAUUUACUUGUGGACAAUCAAAAGAAUUACAGCACUGCUGUAUCAGCAGCACAUAAUGCUAAUAUAGUCGCUGCAUGUGAACGCCUAGGUGUUGGCAAAGAUCUAGAGAAAACAAGUUGCAAUAUAGUGCCAUUUAAACGUGAAAAGAGUUGUGAAAGUAUUGCACAGAAUUAUUCCAACACCCUCAUAGAAGCAGGAUCAGUUUUGCCAGUAGGAGGUUACUUUGAAAUCCUGUUACAUUAUUACAUUCAGUACUAUGCAAAACAGUUUCAGCACUCAGAGGUAACUGUCGUAUCUAAUGUAGUUGCUGAUGCGUUGCUAAGUAUUCCCAGGUCCUUACACGGGACAACAGAACGAAACAGCUUCGCCAAAUUCUAUCUCAAAACUGUAAACGCACUCAGAAAAAAUCAGCCACUGCCUGUGAAUGAAAAAGGCUUAGAAUCAGUGUAUUGCAAAUACCAGUUGGUCAUUUCAGUUCUUCACUGUGUUACGGAGCUUCUCUCCAUAGAUUUAAUAAUUGGUGUUAAGCGGCCACUGAAAAAAAUUGAGGAUAAUGACUCAGAAGAUGACUUCUGA